AUGAAUGAAACUAACUUAGCAUCGAUCGUUUUGGGUGUUAUAGCCGGUUUUUACACAACUGUUUUCCUUCUGUGUUUUUCUGAUGUUGUCUACCUGAGUAAAGAAAUGAGCAAAAUGAAAGCUGCACACGAUUAUAAUCAAUCUGAUUUAACCUAUCCGAAGAAACUCUCUGGUCAACUUUGUUUAUCAUACAAUGAACAAAAGCAAAUCCUUGACUAUGCAAAUUUUCUAUGCAACAUGGCAAUAUUGAUCUUUGGAAGUUAUUCGAUUUAUAUGUACGGUUUGGGUACAAGUCACGGUCUACCAUAUCGUUUUGUUUUCUUUUUUAUGAAAAUUUUGACCAUUGCUCUGUCAGUGUGCUUGAACUUAUAUUUCAAACAAAGACUGCCGAGUGAUAUUUUUUUAUACAUGUGGAUUGAUGUGAAUUGUUUAGCUUCAAUCUACCGAAGUAUACGUCAAACAGUUUGA